CUAAAGAUCAGGUUUUCACGAGUGAGAUUGGCUGAAAUAUUCUACCAUGGCAGAUCAAAAGGCAGAUUCCGAGAUACAUCAAGAUCAGAAGGCUACUGCUGGAGAUAAGCACAAAACCGAAGCAGAAAAUCCAGAUGCGAAACGAACUAAAGUCGAAGAAGAGGAAGAGGCAUUGCCUAGCGAGAGGAAUGGGGAUGGCAAAGAGAAAGAAGGCGAUGCCAGUCAAGACGUAAAAGAAGAGCCGGCAGAUUCCAAACCCGAUAUCAAAUUUGAAAACAACACCACUGAGCCAGAGAAAGAGGAUACGGACGUUCCAUCGAGCAUUCUUGAAAAGGGCAUCAUCUAUUUUUUCAUCAGAGGGCGCGUUGAUGUUGAGAAGGCAGAGCAGGUGGACGAUAUUGCUCGAACCUUUAUCAUUCUAAGACCUAUAGCACACGAUGCCAAGCUGAGCGAGGGGCCGCUUCGAGAUGCUGGAAACACUCGAAUCCUUAUUCUGCCCAAGAAAGUACUCCCAUCAAGCGGCAGAGAGCGGUUUCUAUCGUUUGUGGAAAAGUCUGGAGCAUCCUACGAUGAAGUAAAAGGCCAGUUUCUCGCCGGCGAAGAGUAUGAGACCAAGACGAAAGGCACCAGACAUACUCCAGCCGCUACUCCAAUUGGCGAAGGCGUCUAUGCCAUCACGACGACUGGAAGGGAAAGUCAUCUUGUAUAUUUGCUUACACUUCCGCAAAAACUUGGCGAAGUGCAGGAAGCUCUUAACUUGAAAGAGCAGGGAAGUUUCAUCAUAAGCACCAAGAAUCCGGAGUAUCCAGCGCCAGCUUCGGUUCGGCUUCCCAAAGGGCCAGUGUAUCCCAAAAAGAUCCAUGAAGAGUUUCGUGAUCUAAGAUGGAUACCAUCUCGGCCACACCAUCUCGACUACGAUAACACGCAAAUUCUGCUCAUAGGCGAAUCUUCGGGGAUCAAGAAAGCUUUGACGCCUCAAAGAGAAGACGAAAACGCGAACAAGGAGGGACCUCUAGAGUUCAUGGAAGAACUAGAAGAAGAAGAUUUGAAACGAAUGAAGGACAUGCCGGGAGAUUCUUCCGCUUCAAUUUACGCAGAUUUGAAGGCACAUGCAGAGGACUAUCCGAAGCUCCAGACGACGUUUUAGAUUCAUCAUUGAGACAACUACCGACCUGGCUGGGAGAAAAUGCUUGGGAGUUCGCGGAAAUAUGCCUCUGUUGAUGACAUUCAAGGCAUUUAUCUCAAAGUCUGUCUGUUCACAGACCUUUGUUUUGUUUCUGUGGAGCAACGGUUCCUAAUUUCCAAUUACAAUUCCCUGCUCCCAGCAAAGAGAAAGAAAAAAAAAGACAAUCCAUCUUGGAUAAUGCGUCGGAGGCCGGAUUCAAUUCUUGCGGACUCUCGAUUGAAUGUAACAUUGUUGAUAGAUGGUGUUGAAUGCAGACAGUUAUUAUUUUGCUCAGCUGGUUAUUGUAUGAC